ACACACAUUUAGAAAAAACCCAUUUUCAGAUUGCUUUGAACCUCAAAGUGCAGAGGAUGAAACUGAAUGCUUGAUUAUUAGUUGACAUGACUACAAUGUUGCCUGUUUGCUCAGCCACCUCAAACUGCUGUUCCUCUCAUUCUCAGGUUUUGUUAAAUGGAGGUUUGCAUCCAAUUUCUCCUUUCCACAAGGAUUUUGAGGCCAGAUAUGUCGUGGACUAUAGGAGGUUGUCAAAUGCAAUGCAUUUCCAAAGAGACUCCGUUAAAGCUCAUGCUACAAAGUCCUUGUACUCUAAUGUUGUGAAAAUCACAGAGCAGUCAAUUCCCAUGGAUUUUGUUAACAGGAGUUUCUGCUCAAAUGAAUCAGACAAUAUUAGCUGCAAGUACUCAGAUGUGUGGAGUUCUUCUAGAGAGACUGGAGAUUACCAGCAUUCACUGGGAAGGUUUGAACUGAAAUAUGUAGAGAAUUCUAGCCUAUUGACCACCAAUGAGGGACUCGUGGAGUUCACUGACCAGUCCACUGAGAAUGCUGGUACUUUAUAUACACAAGUAGAACCGGAAACCAUGUCAGCUACUGAUUUGACACAAGGAACUUCCACAUCUGUAUCGGACACAAUAGACAUGAACAGUGAUCAAUUGUCCAGCGCGAAACCUAGUAUUGAGGAUCUUAUUGAUGGAGUUACAAACUCCUUCAGUGCGUCUGUGGAUAAGGGAGAAAACGCUUUGAAAAGCUCACUAGAUACAAUCUCUUCGUCAAUAUCCUCAGUUGUUGAAAGGGUUAAUGAAGCAGUUGAUAAUGCUGUUAGCGGAGUUUCUUCGACUGUUGAUCAAACAGGACAAUUAAGUAGUACUAAACUGACAAAUUUUUCAAGUGACUUUAAGGAAGCCACAAGUAAAGGAAGUGUGAUUGCUGUUGACCUUUUGAGAAGCACAAUUGUUGUGGUGGAGGAUACUCUAGCAAAUGGGGCUUCCUUCGCUGUUAACUCUUAUCAAUCUUUCAAGGCCUUUCUUCCUCCUGACAUCAGUGAUGCACUAAAUUUGUCAGAAAAGAGAGCAUCAGAGCUUUUGGGGCCUGCCAAGGAUGCUUUUCAACAGGUUUAUCUUGCUGUCGAGGGGUUGGAGGAAAGUCUUGGCUUGGAUCCAAAUGAUCCGAUUAUUCCAUUUGUUCUAUUCCUUGGCACCUCUGCCACUUUAUGGGUCAUUUAUUUGGUGUGGACAUACAGCGGUUAUUCUGGAGAUUUAUCUCCUCAAUCUACAUUGGAGCUCUUGACGGGGAAGGAGAAUGCUGUUCUCGUUGAUGUCCGACCCGAGGUUCUGAGAGAAAAAGAAGGUAUUCCUGAUCUAAGACGAGCAGCUCGCUAUCGCUAUGCAAAUGUGACUCUACCUGAGAUUGAUGCCGCAGUAGGGAAGUUGUUGAAGAAUGGAAGAGAUCUUGAUGACACCUUAACUGCUGCUGUUAUUCGGAACUUGAAGAUUGUUCAGGACAGGUCUGAGGUCAUAAUUAUGGAUGCUGAUGGUACUCGUUCCAAAGCAAUUGCAAGAUCCUUGAGAAAGCUGGGACAUAAGAAACCUUACUUGGUUCAAGGUGGCUUUCGAUCUUGGGUGAAAGAUGGUCUUCGAAUUAAAGAACUCAAACCUGAGACAACACUUACCAUACUCAAUGAGGACGCUGAGGCUAUUCUGGAGGAAAUCAGUCCUUCACCGCUGCAAGUUCUUGGGUAUGGUGUGGGUUUGAUAGCGGGACUGUAUGCACUACUAGAGUGGGAAAAGACAUUACAACUGAUUGGCGUUGUUGGCCUUGGUCAGACCAUCUAUCGGCGGGUGGCAUCUUAUGAGAAUGCUGAAGAUUUUAAGCAAGAUGUGAGGCUGCUGCUUGUUCCGGCACAAGUUGGAGCUCUGGCAUUUUCGUGGGCUGCUGGAAAAUUGGAAUCAAAUGGCAUUGGACUACCAACAUCUCCUUCAUCAUCAGAUGUCAAAAACCGGGUGUUGCAGGCGGCUGCGAAGCAUCAAUCUCAACCGUCUGAUACCGAUGGCAUCCAAGAUUCAUCUCCUGGAUCAACAAAUCCAGCCAAUGAGAAUGUAGAUCUCUCUGAAGCAUAGAGGUUGAAAUUUGUCGUGCAGUGAAAAAAAGACAGUUAACUCGUGUGUAAAGAAGAUGCAACUUUAUGGGACAUCGGCCUUUUGUGCAGAACUAAAGCAUAUAUUGUGUCCAUCCUAUCAAGUCUUGUACAUCGUUCAUACAACAAUAAUUCCA